UAUCUCACUGUUAAAUCUAUUUUUAGCAAUUUUACUCACAAAGAAUUUACAGUUAACAAAUCCUGAUGUCAAUAAACCACUGAGAAAAACCAGCAAAGAUAAGGAACAUUAUCAGAUCAAAACCAAGAUUUUUUAUUUUAUAUUCAUGCUCUAAAUAUGGCUACAGAGAGUAAAUCUAGUGUUGUAAAAGUGAAACCCAGUAGUAGUAAUCAAGUUGGGUCAUCUUCAAAACCCAAAUUUGAUUCAUCUCUUAUCAAGAAGAAGGUUAUUCAGAUCUCAUCUAAGCAAUCUGCUGAUUUAAAGGGUAAAUCUGCCAUUUCUGUCAAAACUGAGGUGAAAGGAAAAACAACCUCAAGUUCAUCCAAGACUGUCACAAAAACGCAAACCAAAACUCGAGUGAAGAAAGUUUAUUCCUUGGCUGGCCAGAAGUAUGAUGUUCCUGAAGAGCGAGAACCAUUGAGGUUAUUCUAUGAAUCGUUGUCAAAGCAGAUACCUUCAAGUGAAAUGGCAGAGUUCUGGUUGAUGGAGCAUGGUCUGUUGUCACCAGAGAGAUCAAAGAAGGCAUUCGAGAAAAAACAGAGAAAGCAAAAGCAAAUCCGCAUGGGGACUCCUAUUAAAUCUCCUCCUCCGCGGCCAUUGAUAAGCAAACCUGAGAGUUCAAAGAAGCAACAACAAGUAUCAAAGAACGGUGAUGUAAAGGCGAAGAAACGACUAAAAUCUGAUAGCAGCGACGACGAUGAUGAUUUUAUUCUGAGUCCAAAGAGAAGAAAAGGGUAAAAAGAUUUUUCCUAAUAGUGCAAUCUUGUAUGUAUUUUGUAAGAGACUUGAUCAACAAAAAACAACAACCCAGUAUAAUCCCACUUAGUGGGUCUGGGGAGAGUAGUGUGUACGCAGACCUUACCCCUACCCUGGGAUAGAGAGGCUAUUUCCAAAUAGAC